AUGCAAAGUGAUAGUAGCAAUCAAAUAAUCCUUUAUGGUGAUAAAUUAUCCCAACCAACAAGAGCUGUAUAUAUCUUUUUACGUUUGAAUAAAAUAGAUUUCGAAUUUAAAACCAUAGAAAUUAAAAAGUUUCAACAAAGAUCUGAAGAGUUUUCGAAAAUCAAUCCAAUUAAUAAGGUACCAGCUCUUCAAUAUAAAAAUAAAAUUUUUGUAGAAUCACAUAAUAUACUUAGAUAUUUAAGUCAAGAUCUUAAACUUGAUUCAUUUUAUGGCCCAUCAUUAGACGAAAAAUCAGACAUUGAUAGCUACCUCGAUUGGCACCACUUUGGUCUCCGUAAAUGUGCUGCUACUGCAUUUUUCUUACAAGUAGUUGCACCAGUCAUGAAGAUACAACUCAGUCCAGAUUAUAUUAAGGAUUCGUUUGCUCAAAUACCACUUGCUUUAUCUCAAAUCGAAACCAUAUUUUUAAAAAAUGGCGAAAAUCAAUUCAUCAAUGGUAAUAAACUUACAAUUGCCGAUAUUUCAUGCUAUUGUGAAUUAAAACAAUUAUCAGGUAUUAAAUAUGACUUUACUCCAUAUAAAGCAAUCACUGAAUGGUUAAAUAAAAUGGAAAAGCUCGAAGGUGCAGAUGAAGCAAAUUCAGUAAUCAAUGAAAUCGCUUUAACUGGCACAUAUAAUUAA